GUGCGGCAUGAGGGCCGCGCCUUUUCGGGCCCGCUAGAGGUUGUGCAAACUGUCGUCUGCCGUUCCGGCUUUCGCGGCCUAUACCGCGGCAUCGGCGUGUGCGUGGUGAUGGACCUGGUCUCGGGCGCAAUCUACUUUGGCGGGAACCGCUGGCUCACCGUCAACUUUGCCGAGGGCGGCGGCGGCGACGGCGGCGACAGCGGCGACGGCGCGACACAGGCGCUCAAGCUUGUGGGAGCCGGGUCUCUCUCGGGUGUCUCCUCGUGGGCUGCCAUCUACCCGCUCGAUGUGGUGCGCACGCGCAUGGCGGCGCAGCCCUUCGGCUGGGAAGGCGCCGCGGACAUUGCGCGCCAACUCUUUCGAACGGGUGGGGAGCGCGCCUUUUUCCGCGGCCUUGUGCCCUGCCUGGCGAGAAGCUGCUUCUCGGACGGCAUCUUCUUCCCCGUGUACUGGUCAGUGAGCUGGCAGCUGGGCACGCGCGGCCAGGAUUGA